AUGUUUGAACACGGUGACAAGAGGAAACAAGAAAUCUUUAGAUAUGACAGAAGGCUAAAAGACAAUGAAGAAGUCAAACGCUUAGUUGCAGAGAUCUGGACAGAGGAUGAGAGGAUGGAUAUUCAGAGAAGCCUCUCAAAUGUGAGACGGGCGAUUAUUGAUUGGAACCGAGAGAAGCAGCAAAAUAGCAUGAUCCUGAUUGACAAGAAGAAGGAGGAGCUAGAGAAGGCAAUGCUGCAGCGUAUUUGGCGGAGGAAGCUUACUGGAAACAACGAAGCAGGCAACUGUGGCUACAACUGGGGGAUAGAAACUCAGGAUGGAGGAUUAGGGUUCAAAGAUGUCACAGCUUUCAAUGAAGCUCUGUUGGCCAAACAGAGUUGGAGAGUAUUAACUGAACCUGCUGGAUUAUUGGCCAUAGUUCUUCAAGGCAAAUAUUGUCAAGUUGAUGAGUAUCUAGAGGUGAAGUGUCACGUGGCAGCAUCUCAUGGAUGGAGAAGUAUCCUAAUUGGACGAGACCUCUUGAAGAAACAGUUGGGUUGGGCAAUAGGGAAUGGCAAAUCCGUAAAAGCUUGGACUGAUCCUUGGCAAGGCACAGUGGAAUGGGAUCAAACGAAGGUCUCUAGGUACUUCCCAGCACACAAAGAGGUUAUUAUGGCGUUAAAGCCCAGCCGGUUAGGAGCCUCGGACAGGAGAUUUUGGCUUCCCUCGGCUGAUGGAAACUACUCCACAAAGACUGGCUAUCAUGUUCCCAGGAAUGAUCUCCUACCUCAGCCAAGUGACACACAAGUGGGAGAGUGUAACUGGCUUGAAGAAGUGUGGAAUGUUAAGGUCUCCCCAAAAUUACAAAACUUCUUGUGGAAAGCCCUUGCGGGGGCGUUGCCUACUGGUUUGCAGCUAGCAUCCAGAAGCAUGCCACUUGACCCUUCAUGCAUUAGAUGCAGAGAUCCAGAAUCGAUAUGCCAUAUGUUGUUUAACUGCCCCUUUGUAAAGAAGAUUUGGGCUUUGGCGCCACGUUCAGGUACCGCUUCAAUCCCAAAUUUCCUCGAUGUGCAGCAGGGACUCAUUUGGUUAAGGAAGAAGACGACUCUACCACCAACAGGUUUAGGUAAGGGACCCUUGUACCCUUGGAUUUGUUGGAAUAUAUGGUUGUCCAGGAAUCAGAAGAUGUUCAACAACAUAGUGUUCUCAGAGGAAGAAACGCUCCUAAAAGCCAUACAAAAUGCGAAGGAAUGGCAACAUGCCCAAUCUUUAGAAGCUACUCCUAGAAGCAUCCCUCGGCUACUGUUAUCACAAACAACAGAGGAAGAAACAGGAAGCUCUACGGUUCACACGGAUGCAGCGUGGGACCAUCAAUCAAAAAGGGCUGGAGUUGGCUGGAUCUUCUCUUCCCCUUCGUUGGGAAACUUCUCAAGACAUUCAUCAUGCUCUGAGUUUGUGUCUUCAACCCUUUUAGCUGAAUGCAUUGCCAUUCGCUCAGCGUUGCUCCGGGCUCUAGAUUUUGGUUUACUUUCCUUAACCCUUAAGAUUGAUUGUCAAAUCUUAUCCAAAGCUAUCUCUUCUAGAACUUUGUUAGUGGAAGCUCAUGGAGUUCUCUCUGAUAUUUUCAUCCCCAUUCCCACCUUUAUCUCUUUUAACUAUAAGUUUAUCCCUAGGGCAGCUAAUACUUUGGCUGACUCCUUAUCGAAGUCUUGUUUGGCUCAGGUUGUAAACUCUUGA